AUGCUGCCCCGGCGCCGGAAGAAAGUCCUCCCAGUCGUCCCCGCCCGUCCCGGUGCCCCGAAGGCCGACGCGAGGCGCCGCGACGCGCCGCUGCACGCGAAGCGGCGGCGCGACGGCGAGCGGUUGGAGAGAGAGCCAUCUCCUCGCCCCGCCCCGCCGGCGUGGCGCGACGAGGUGGAAUGCGCGCGCGGGCGGAGAGCGCGUGUCUCCGCAGCAUCCCGUGGUGCGUGGGCGUGGGUUAGACGCCCGACGUCCGUCGCGUGGAGCGGCGUCGGAAUGGACGCGGUCGGCCCCAACGCCACCGCCCUCGCCGCCGCCGCCGCCGCCGCCGCCGACAACGCCACCGACGCCGCGUCGCCGCCCAUGCAGCUGAAUGUGGUGUACACGGUGUUCGAGGUGCUGGUGGCGGUGGCGGCGGUGGUGGGCAACGCGCUGGUGAUGCUGGUGUUCCACCGCGAGCGCCGGCUGCGGCGGCGCACCAACUACUACAUCGUGUCGCUGGCGGCCGCCGACUUCCUGGUCGGGCUGCUGGGCAUCCCGUUCGCCAUCCUGGCCAGCGUGGGGCUGCCGCGCGACCUGCACGCCUGCCUCUUCACCGUGUCGCUGCUCGUCGUGCUGUGCACCAUAUCCAUCUUCUGCCUGGUGGCUGUGUCGGUGGACCGCUACUGGGCCAUCCUGCACCCCAUGGGCUACUCGCGGAACGUGCGCACCAAGACGGCUAUAGGCAUCAUCGGCGUGUGCUGGCUGGCCGGGUCGCUGGUGGGCUUCCUGCCGCUCUUCGGCUGGCACGAGCCCUCGCACGGCGCGUGCCUCUUCACCAAAGUCAUGGACUACAACUACCUCGUGUUCCUCUACUUCGCCACCAUCGUGGUCCCCGCUCUGCUGCUGGCGUGCUUCUACGUGCACAUCUACCGCGUCGUGCUGAAGCAGCUGCGGCGCAUCGUCACCAUGAACCCC